AUGCAGUUGAUUAGAUCUAUCGACGCAUUACAUUAUGAUUUCGCAGAUUAUGAUAUCUCAGUGGGGAGCUAUGCUCUAGUUGGCCUCCACGUUGACAUGGAUGACGUUAAGAUCACAACUUUGGUAUGCCCACGUCAAAUCAACAACACCGAAUACGUCUGGCAUCCUCAAUCAACGUCCAAUGAUAACGCCCAAGUCAACACAUAUGUGAGUGGCAAUGGCAAGCUUAAAUCCGUUGCUUUUUCCGACGUAGUAGCUACAGAAACGCCACGUCCCUAUGUUAGGGCAGUGUCAACUGAGUCGCAAACACGUUUGCAUGUAGACUUAACAGAUCACGAUGUUUAUGCCAUUACUGAGAAUCGUUUGAUGUUUAUCUGUGGCCCUCGCGAUUUGAAUCUGAGUGAUACGCUGCAAGACCUACUUGAUCGCCUCAAUGACAUCCCUCCACAACAAAAAUUUUCUUGGUAUUCAGAAACACCAUUGACUGAGGAAAUAUCCAAAAUAGGAAAAGGUUUGGGUGUGUUUUUCAUGUACAGAGGACGUGUUCAUAUGCCGCUUCAAGGCUGCGGCAGUCGCCCUUCACCACUCUUUGCUCCGGAUAAUGAGGUGACCGUGGACCCCAUCACAGGCACACGGUCAUGUGUGGUAGAUCCUAUGUCGAAAUCGCGUAUAGGAUUUAUUUGUGAAGGCCGGAUCGAACCUGAAGAUUGUAUGAAGUCCCUCAUUGACCAGAAUGGAGAAGCUGUAGAUCCCCCUCACCCUCAUAUGUAUUGGGACUUUGACACCCAUGUGCCUUGGGUGGCGGCACGAUAUUUCAACGAUUUAGCAGUACGCCCCUUCAAUGGCGAAUGCAAGUGCAUAGACACCGAAACGGAGCAGGUGAAAGCCAGGAUAGAGGUCCGCUCAAAGACCGACUACAUUUGUGACAUUGCCAGCAUGAUAUUACGUAACCGUUUUCGCCCCAUCCGUGGCCCUUGGUGUUCCGUGAUGUUGCAUCCGGGUAGUACAUUGACGAUAAAGUUGCCUAAAAAGGCCGACAAUUGGACAGCUACUGACGGGUAUUUCGAUGACGAUGUUGAAGGGGAUUCUUCGACUCUCCCAUUCUCCCAAAUGCCAUCUAUCUAUGAAUACGAAACCGAUCUCAUGCCUAACGACAUGGCUACGCUUAGGCAAUUGGCAAGCGUUCAUGACUUUGAUAUCUACGACGAAAUCUUGUACCACAAAGCCCUUGCUGGCGAUGCCCUCGAGUUGGAUGUUUCCAAAAUGCCUCGGGGAGAGGUGAAAUUGCAUUACAAUGUUAACAACCCUCUAGCAUUACGAAAUGGGGUAAACUCGUUCUUAUAUCAUUGGACAUUGAUAUCUAGGAAUGAGACCGUCCUAGAGAGGGUGCGCGCAACCGUCAGUGUGUCCUUUGCGUUUACUUAUCGCUACAAUAUCGUUGGUUGCGACCGAUGGACACCAAGUAUGUUUGAGCCGACAAGGAAUAACGACUAUCUUGCAACUAAACCAAUGGGAAAUGGUAUAGGGACAACAUAUGAAUGGUUGUUACAUGUCUGGGAGGGCAAGAAACAGGCAGGUAUACGGUGCGGUCCAAAUGAGGAGUUGUUGCCAGGCAAUUGUGACUCCACAGGAUACGACCUAUACUCAAACCAAAUAAUGCCAUUUGCUGAAUCUGUUCGCAAUGCAACUCUUUACCCCAUUCGAGGAUUCCAGGUGUUCGAGAUGAGCUUCCUAAAUAUCCCUGUCAGUUACGCGUGCAUCUGUGUUGAUCAACAUGGAUACGAGAGAUCUAGACUUACGUUGGGAUCCAACCAUGAUGUAGAUUACUCCUACAUAAUAAGUCGUGAAGAGGCAUCUCAAACGUUGCUGCCUUAUUCGUUACUGGCCUGGGGUGAGGUAGCCCAUUUAUACAUGGAAAUCAUUUAUAUGCAAUCAAUUAGGCUACACCACGUACCCAAGAAACCCAUUACACUACACGUAGGCACAGCAUUAUACCUGCAUUGUGCCCUUGAUGACGAAUUAAAAAACGCUGUGAAUGAUGGUUUCCCACCGCCUACCUGGUUGCCAUCCCAUCCUGCAUUUUACUAUUACACGCUAGAGCAUACCGCAUAUGGGCCUGAGCUGAUUCGAAAGAGAUACAAGGAUAUCAUCGCUGGCACAAAGCGUGGAUUCGACGUAUAUCCGAUUACAUCUACAGAUGACUAUUAUGAUCUGAGGAUAAAAUCCGAUAGAGGCGCAAUUUUGAUAUCUAAGGACCCUGACAACACGGAGUACGUCCCGAUGACAUUUGUCUGCGGUAAGGAGCUUCGACGAUCGGACUUUGGUCUAUUCGAUGAUGACACACAUGCACCGGUUAUUCCACACGCUACAGCACCGUUAGAACGAUACACGUGGCACUUGGUUGAAGUAGCCGUCGAGAUGACAGACCCAUACAUGCAAGGUUGCGGCGUUACCCAGCCUUCAGUUGAAUUAUUCAAGCCUGAGACACCCAAACUCUACGACUCUGACGGCAACCCAAAGUUCGGUUGCAAGAUCGAUCUUCACACUGCCAGGGAAGCGGCGUUCUACUGCCCAGCGCCGUACGUCCUGGACCCACCCAACUGCUUCAGCCAGGUCUCCGUGGACGAUGACGUGAAGAACCUAAAAGACUUCAGCCAGUCAUUGGUGGUGUCGCAUUCCAACCACUUCGUCAUCCUGGAGUUCGACGGUUCACUCGUAGGACCCGGGGAAACGCUGCGCCAGACGCCGCCAUUGGAAUGCCGCUGCGUCACCGUAAAGGGCGCCGUCCUCUCCACCAUCCAGAUUGAGAACUAUUACGCCAAGUAA